GUCAGGCUGGUGUCAAUCAAUUGGGUGGCGUUUUCGUCAAUGGCCGUCCACUGCCGGACGUUGUGCGGCGCCGCAUUGUGGAGUUGGCACUUUAUGGUGUACGUCCUUGUGAUAUAUCGCGACAAUUACUGGUCUCACAUGGUUGCGUUUCUAAGAUCUUGACACGCUUCUAUGAAACUGGUUCCAUACGACCGGGAUCGAUUGGUGGCAGCAAAACCAAGCAAGUGGCCACGCCCACCGUCGUCAAGAAGAUCAUUCGACUGAAGGAGGAGAAUAGCGGCAUGUUUGCUUGGGAGAUACGCGAACAGCUACAGCAACAACGCGUCUGCGACCCAUCGUCGGUACCCUCGAUCAGCUCCAUCAAUCGCAUUCUCCGCAACAGCGGUCUUUGGACGGAUGAAAUGACGUCUAGUCAGCAAAACGCCGCAGCCGCUGCUGCAGCUGCACAGCAAAUGUCAUCCGCUGCCUAUGCAACGCAAGCACACCUCUAUGCGAAUAGCGCUGCCGCAGCUGCUGCUGGCAGUAGUAGCGCGUCAAGUUGCCCGCCCACUGCAGAUGGCGCUGUCGGCUCACCACCGGCGACACUCGUGCAUCGUGCAUCUUUACCACCACUUGCAGCAGCUCACCAUGCGCACACCGCCACGCACCACCCCACCACUCAUCAUCCCCACGUGGCUGCACCGCAUGCGCUAAGCUUACCAGCACAAUUUCGUUAUACACGUCUCUUGUCACCCACAAGUGCUGCAGGCGCAAUCGGCGACAUGCCUAUCAAACCUGCACCGAAGCAUCCCGCCGCAGCGCAUAUGGCUGCACUGAGUGCCGCCGGUGGCAGUCACACAGCGCUAGCGCAGUUCUCAGCCACUGUUUCGUCAGCGGUGUCGGGCCAUCUCAGCGCACAGGAUCUCAGUUACACCGCGCUACACAAGCACUGGCUCUGGCAUCCCUCGCUACUCUACUAUUCCACGCAGCAUGCGCAAGUCGCCAGCCAAUUUCUACCGUACGCGCAAGCUCAAUGUCCAGCGUAUUUCCAUGCCGGCGGCACUGGCAGUAGCAGCAGUGGCAUUGGUAGCGCGCUAAGCGCAGAAAGCACUAUUGACUUGGUUUCGCAUGGCGCGAGCGAAGCGCUUAGCGAUUGUGAUUCGGGCAAGUCCUCGCCGGCGACUUCAUUGAAUGCCGCACCAACUGUGGGUUCCUUAAGCGGCAGGGAGUCAACGCACAGCAAUGUGACCAAUUCUCGCAAACGCAACCCCUACUCGAUUGAGGAGCUUUUAAAGAAACCAGAGAAGCGCAUGCGUUUACAUGCGGGCAAUUCACGCAAGGAAGAUGAAUCGAGUGUCAGCAGCAUCAGUUCGAGCGGCAGUAGUCGCAGUAGCUGCUGUGACGAUAGCUGUGAUGAGACGCGGAGUCAACAGGCAGAGACGCUAGCUGUUGACGAUUGCAACGAUAAUGUGGAGGUAGUGAACUGA